AGGGGGCGGGGGCCGGCGGCGGUGCUGAACGCCAGCCGCUGCUUAUUGCCCGCGGGCUCCCCACCGCGCCCUCGUCGGCUGUGCGAGCGGUGCGAUUCCCAGGCGCUAGCGCUCGAGCCGGUGCGCUCCCAGGGCAAGCACCGAAGCUGCUGGAUCCCCGGGGAGCGAAGGAGCCGCUCCCAGACCAGGCUGCUGCCAUCUCACGGCCAGCGGAGGACCAUCCCUGCCGCUCCGCGUCGGGGCUGCCAGAGGAGGACAAGGACAUGCUGGGCGGCGGCAGUGACUCGGGCCUGGCCACCGCCGCGGCGCGGGGGCAGGUGGAGACGGUGCGGCAGCUCCUGGAAGCCGGUGCGGAUCCCAACGCCAUCAACCGCUUCGGGAGGCGCCCAAUUCAGGUCAUGAUGAUGGGCAGCGCCCAGGUGGCAGAGCUGCUGCUGCUCCACGGAGCCGAACCCAACUGCGCCGACCCCGCCACUCUCACCAGACCCGUGCACGAUGCGGCUCGGGAGGGCUUCCUGGACACGCUGGUGGCGCUGCACAGGGCAGGGGCGCGGCUUGAUGUGUGUGACGCCUGGGGCCGCCUGCCGGUGGACCUGGCUGAAGAACAGGGCCACCGUGACAUUGCGAGGUAUCUGCAUGCUGCCACUGGAGACUGAUGGCAGCAGGUUCGCUCAGCCUCCUGCAAGGACUUUUUUUCACCCCACCACCAUCUAGGCAGACUGCAAGCGUGAAGGGGAACUCGGCAGAACCGGCAAGCCUUCCAAAACUCAAAGCCUAUCCAGGAAGGCAAAGCCAAUCAGAAAUAACUUCCCAAGUGUUUUCCUGCAUCUGGGUCUAGCCCUCUGUUCUCACCCAGAAGCCAAAGGGAUCACCAAUUUGAUUUAGUCUUGUGUGAAGUUCCCUGGGCCCUUUACCUUUCAGGACAUGGUGUAAAAUAACAAGGGAAGUUCUUGAAUCUCCACAACAUGAUGUUGCAGUGGGAAGUGGAGAGCGUGGUGAUAGAUAUUUGGGAGGUAACAGUCAGUACCUUCCCCUGUGAACUCCCAAUGUAGAUGAUCCCCAGGCUAGGGGGAAACCCUGAAGACGAGAUGAGCAGCACUGAAGUGCCCCUGGGGCUUUAAGCACUGUGUCACGUCAUGCCUGGUGAUUCACCUGCAAAAUGGCAUUCUGCUGAAAGUGAGGACUCGUCCCCAGCUCCACCUGGAAGAUGACAGCAGAUGUUGCUAAACUCUGUGAACCACGGUUGCUUAAUGGUCUGGUUCCUGACAGACUCAACCUACACAAAGUCCAGUGGUGAAUCGUAGUAUGUAGCAAUUUGCUCUAUGUAAAAUAGUUUAGGAACCCCUCUAGGAACUUCCUACUUUUGAGUUCUUUAGAAACAGUGUAUUUAAUGAGUUACACUUUUAACAGUGUUAACUUCUUCUGGUCCUCAGCAGAGGUGAAGUGCAGCUUGUUUUUGUUUGGUUGGUUUUCCUUCCUUCUUUCCUUUUUAAGGCAGUGCUUUCCACUUGUAGCUCAAGCUAACCUCAAGUCCUGGUACCCCUGCCUUAGCCUCCUAAGGACUGGGCUUGUAGCAGGCACCCCUUCUUUAGUACAGAUCCCUAGGGAAACAGUGACAUGUGGCACACUCCUAGUGGCAGUGCACACCCUGCUUUCGUCCUCUUUAUUUCUCUGUUCACUGUUUCCUGUAUAGUGUCUCAGGAGAACUACGCUGGGGUCCUUUUAAACGAGAGACGCACUUACCCUAGUCAGUUACCUUGGGCUACUGCCUAAAGGUUAGGAAAAAGAGGUUGAGAUGAACUUACUGAAAUUGAAUGACAACUUGUGGGCUGCCUUGCUACUUGUCUACUGAACAAAUUGUGGGUACUCUGUGGGGCUUCCAUUGUGACUUAGCUCAUUUUACAGCAUUGAAACAAUUGAUACAUCCAUGUUUUAAUAAAGAAUAAACAGCAUAGAUAGACUCCA